AUGUGCUCUUCAAAAGCAGCCAUGCCUCUAUUGUUCUGGGCGGUGACAGCGUGUGACCUCAUGCUGGAGGAAGUCCGCCUGCCCAGUUCGUGUCUGUUGGGGAGGGAGGGGGAGGGGUUCAAGAUAGCCAUGGAACAGUUAGACCAAGGCAGGAUAGGAAUCGCCGCGCACGCGGUCGGCAUUGCCCAGUCAGCUUUAGAUACAGCUAUAUCGUAUGCCAAGGAAAGACACGCCUUUGGUAAACAUUUAACAAGACUGCCAUCUGUUAAGGACCGUCUAACGGACAUGUGUAUCCUGGUGGAGUCAGCGCGUCUGCUGACGUACCGCGCCGCCUGUGACGUCAGCACCAAGAACAGCGCCAUGGCCAAGUACGUGGCCGGGCGCGCCGCCACAGCCGUGUCCGACCACUGCGUGCAGGUGCUCGGCGGACGGGGCCUGUCCACGCACUACAGCGCUGAGAGACAUUACAGGGACGCGAGAGGCACACAGAUAUACGGCGGAGUGACGGACAUACAGAAACGAUUGGUUGGACAUUACCUGCUCAAAGAAAACAACGCCUUGUAG